AAUUGAAUACUGAUAUAUCAGGCUAUUUGCUUCAAUCUUCAUUGUCCGUAAACUCGCCGAAACUCAAGGACUGGACUCUCCCUCACGUAUAAAUUGAUAUUGUGUCGUUGGUCAAUGCUUUCCUGAAAUCCUCCGCCAUGUACCCUGGCUCCACAGACUCCGAAGUCUUCGUCACACAUCCUUCCCUUCAUAUUCGGGAUGCCCAGGAUGCCCAUGUUGUACUCGAAGCUGUUCGACUUCGAAUAUUACCUUUGAUCAAAAGACGAUUAGUCGCCAGCGAAAGAGAUACUUUAUCUACAGGGAACGUUUUUGUAUGGGAAGAAGCAGAAGACGAAGGAGGUUUAUUACGGUGGACUGAUGGUCGCCGAUGGUCACAAAGUCGAAUGCGUGGCGAUUACUUGUUUUACGAAGAAAAGGUCGAAACAACUGCUGCAGAGAAAGAGGCUAAAGCUGCUCGGCGCGCACGUAGAGCAUCCGAUCCUGCCGCUCUAAUACCUCCACCUAUACGUCGAAAAGAUCGCCCGACAAAACCUGACGGUUUGACGAAACAAACAUAUUCAGCACUAGUACAUCCUCCUGGCACAAAUGAAACUAGAAAGUGGCAUGUUGUAGCAUACUUCUCUGGAAAUGAUUACACCCGAUUACCUGUGAUCGAGAAUUACGACUAUCUCCGACGUAUACGUGUUCCUGAAGGUAUCUUCGUCAAUAGCAAGUCCCUGACGAAAAUGGAUUCCCCAGAUUCACCACUCGAUGAGACGCGAGAUUAUGAGCAUCGGCGUUUCGUUGAAGAAUACCCACUGCGACCCGUUUCUCCAGCAAGGCCUCUGUAUCCUUCCACCUUCCCAUCGUCGCUUUCGCCGCCGAUUCCUGGAAAUCCUCAUCAGAGAGUUUCAUUGCCUCCUAUCUCAAUGUUGGAAUACCCGAAACGUCCAGGCUUUAUACGGCACAAUAGUGCAAACUCUGCCCAUGAAAUAUACACGCCUCUGUCUACCGAAGAUCAGCGAGCUCUGGGACGCUUGCGCAUAAACUUGUAGCUAAUUGUUUCUCGCCUAUACCUCUCAUGAUCAUAUCGCUUGAUUGCCUUGUAUACACAUAGAUCAUUCGAUGUAUGUAUAGGUAUGCAUGUUAUAUGCAACUUCCAUUUACU